AUGGCAAAGUCAUAUUUCGGUGCGGUCGAUGAGUACGGGUUUGAGAGGCAUGAGGACUUUGAUUACGGUAGCUACGAGGCUUUUAUGUCAAAUUACUUGAAGGUACUGGCAUCGAGGGCGCAAAAAUGGGCCAUCCUACUUGGCGAUGAUGGAAAGUCGGUCAAACGCACGACAACUGUUAAGAGAUACGUCCGCAAAGGAAUACCUAGUGAACACCGACCUUCAGUAUGGAUGGCAAUUUCUCAGGCAGAAAUGAUGAAAGAACAAUCUCCAGACUUAUACCAAAAAAUUCUCGAUGGACCAUUUGAAAAGGAACUUGUUGAUCUGGUGAAGACAGACUUGCCUCGCACAUUUCCAGACAAUAUUUACUUCACCAAAGAGGCCAACCAUCAAACACACUUGUUUAAUAUACUCAUAGCAUAUGCACACAACAACAGAGUAGUAGGCUACUGCCAGGGACUCAAUUAUAUUGCGGGUUUGCUGCUUCUGGCGACUAAAAAUGAAGAGACGUCAUUCUGGCUGUUAAAAGUUCUAGUUGAAAAGAUUUUACCAGAUUACUACACAAAGACAAUGGAUGGCCUCAUUGUGGACAUAGAGGUUUUGUCAGAACUAGUCAAGUCCAAGGUGCCUGAUGUACACCAACAUGUUAUUAAUUUAGGUCUACCAUGGGCAGUAAUAACAACAAAAUGGUUUGUCUGUCUGUUCGCCGAAGUCCUCCCCAUCGAAACGGUACUACGAAUAUGGGACUGUUUAUUCUACGAAGGAUCAAAAAUUCUGUUCAGAGUAUGUUUGACGCUAAUCCGACAAAAUAGACAAAAGAUAAUGUCAUGCAAUGACUUCACAUCCCUGGCGGAGUGCUUCAAGGCCAUUGUAAAGGAUUACAGCGCAUUGCAUUGUCAUGAAUUUAUGGAGAAAAUAUUCGUUGUACCUGGCUCUCUAUCGAACUCGACUAUAAUAAAACUGAGAGAGCGGUUCGCGAAGCAGCGCCGUGAGCAGCAACAGAAGGAGCCACCGCGAUGAGCUGUUCGCUGACCACGCCGACAAUCGUGUUCUGAUCUCAAGCCACACAACCAAAUUGUACAUUAUACACCACUACUUAACACCUCUACUUAUACACUAUGACACAAUAUAUUUUGGAUCUCUGUACUUUUUAUUAACAACAAGUAAAUAAAUGAGGUCUAUUAUUCAAAUCCUACGAAUUUAUGUUUCAUAGGAUAGAAAUAUAGAGAGGUUUAGGCUAUUGAAAUAUUUACAUUCAUAGCUUAUUUAAAUUGUUUUUAAUAGCUUUGUAUGGCGAAAAUCUAGUCGCCGCAGUUAUGAAACAAAGUAAAUCGAGCUUGUUGCGAUUUUGUACAAACAUUUACUAGUCUUUAUAUCCUUGCAUGUUUAGUAGCUAAUUAUUGAAACCGGACAAAGAAAUGAAUUGCACUGAGUUAAUAUUUCCUAGAGUCAUGACAACUCCUAAUGAUAUGCUCUGAAAGAUCAGUCAUCUCAAAAUAUAUAUUUUAAUGAACUUCAUGACAUUAGUUGUUGCUGAUGUGGUUUUUCAGCGUUAUCUGCGAUACUGAAUCAUCGGAAUUGCAUAUGAUUUUGCUAAGUUAGUGUUAAGUUUAUAAUGUUGUUUUACAUAUCAUUAAAGUAUUUUUGUUUGUAGUAUUAUUUUUUUGCUGUUAAUUAUUGUGUCAGUUUUAUUAGAUUUGUACCUGUAAAUUGUAACAUAAGAUAUGAACAAAGUGAGCAUUUUACUAUUUAACUAAUAAUUUUCAGACUAACAAAUGGUUAUAAUAAGUAAAAGGUAU